AUGAUUGCCGUGGAUAGAAAACACGUACACUGCACCAGCCCGGAUGUGCCCGAAGCGCAGAUAUACCGGGAAGAGGGCGUCUUCACAGAGCGGUACGAUAGAGAAAGGUGCAUGGACAGGCUGGACAAGUAUCAGGAGCAAGAGAAUCGGGCAGACCGGGAGGCUCAAGGACACGAGUAG